CUCCCUCCGCCGGCGGCGCGGCCGGUCGUGGGCGGAGCCUCCCCGCCCGGCCCCGCCCCUCCCCGCCCGGCCCCGCCCCGCCUGCCCGCCCGGCCCGCUGGGGAGCGGCGCGGGACGCGGUGCCGGCGGCCGGGCAGGGCCGGGCAGGGCAGGGCACGGCGCGCGUCCCCGGCGCGGGGCGGCGGCCGGGGCUGGCGCGGGAGGUGGCGGCUGCGCCCUGGCCGCGGCGGCAGAGGCGGCGGCGGGGCGCGGAGCCCGGCGCGGGGCUCCCGCAGCCUCCACCGGCGGCCGGAGCAACCUUGCACGUCAUUUAUCGCUCUGAAGUGACUGAACGUGUAAAGUGAAGGUUCCCUCACAAAUACGCCGCUGAUUGGAGUGUUUCGGGCACGGCGUUAGUGUGGGAUGGAAAAGCAGCGCGCUUCCAUCCCUUCCCGGCCAAGCGAUGUCAGUGCCGGAGCCCCUGGCAGCCCCAUCCUGCUGACGGCGAUGUGAGCACGGCGCUGUGGAGCCCCGAAGCCCUACGAGAUGGAGGAGCUCUACAAGGAGACCCCAAACCUGCCCAUGGAUGUCACCAGCCCGCCGGCAGCCAUGGCCAACAACAAGCUGGAGAACGGUGUGGCCCAGCUGAUCACGGCGGAGGCCUGGAACAUCAACUCAGCUGAUCUGAUGAAGAAGGCCCUGUCCCCGCUGGUGACCGUCCCUGCUCCCUCCAUCCUAACACCGCCGGCCGAGUCACAGAGCGGGGUAGCGCUGAAGGUGGCGGCCACCGUGCUGCAGCCCAUCUGCCUAGGGGACAGCCCUGUUGUCCUCCCCAUCCACCUGCAGGUGGCCGGCAGUGCCGCCCCGCAGAUGCCGGCCAGCAAUGCCACCCCGUACGUCAUGACCACACAGGGCCCCGUCCCACUGCCAGUCCUGCUGGAGCAGCAUGUCUUCCAGCACCUCAACUCGCCCCUAGUGCUGCCCCCCGGCACUGCCUGCCCUGCUAGCCCCCUGCAUGGCAGCCUCUUCCCGGGCGCCUCUGCCCCUGUCAGCCAACCCCAGCUCCUGGACCCCAAGCCCUCAGGCCCAGGCCAGGAGCCUGUGCUGCCACCCGUCUUUCAGACGCCGGGUUUCGCCGCAGUCCUGCAGGACCUCUUCCCCUCAGGGCAGGGCGCCCUGGGCUCAGCCCCCUGCCAGCCCCCUCCUGACUAUGCCACUCUCCCUCCCCAGGCCUUCAGCUCACCCCUCUCCCCGCUGGUGCCCCCUGCGACACUGCUGGUGCCCUACCCUGUCAUCGUGCCCCUGCCCGUCCCUGUGCCCAUUCCCAUCCCCGUCCCCAUCCCCAUGCCCCACGGCGCUGAGGCCAAGGUGGCCCCCGACCCGCCCAAGCCCCCAGUCUUCACCCCGCAGCCCUGCAAGGGCACCCAGACCCCCCUGGAGAAGGAGGAGACGAAGCCCUUUGACCUCGUCCACCAGCGGGACUUCUCCCAGCUAAGCCGCCACACUGUCAUCAAGAUGGGCAGUGAGAACGAGGCGCUGGACCUCUCCAUGAAGGGCCCGCCCGUGCCUCGGGCCUGUGAGGCCGCCCCGCCACCGCCAUCCCCUGACGAUGGGGCACUGGACCUGUCUCUCUCCUCCUGCCGCAAGCCAGGGGGCCCCCACGGGGAGACGGCCGGCAGUGGGCCCAGCGCUGAGGGCAGCCCGCAGGACAAGCCGGCCACCCCCUUCGCCCCCUCCAAAGCGCCGGAGGCCGCGGGCAAGGCAGAGGGCAGGGUGGUGGGCCCAGGGUCGGGCGAGCUCCUGAGGCCGCCGCAGAAGUGGUUGGUGGAACCGGCCGGGAGGGCGGCCUGUGAACCCAAGGCCGGCGGCAACAACAUCGAGAUCGUCAGCACCUCGCAGACCGCCAAAGUCAUCGUCUCCGUCAAGGACGCCGUGCCCGCCAUCUUCUGCGGCAAGAUCAAGGGCCUGUCGGGGGUGUCCACCAAAAACUUCUCCUUCAAAAGGGACAUGCCCCAGGACUCGGUGCUGCAGUGCUAUGACGUGAAGAGCCAGCCCGAGCCCCGGGACAACGCCGAGGCGCUUAGGAAACCCGUAAAGAACAGGAGCGUAAAGCUAAAGAAAAUGAACUCGCCCGAAAUACACAUUCUUCCAAUCAAGAAGCAACGGCUCGCUGCCUUUUUUCCAAGAAAGUAAAUUAUGGGUUUUUAGAAUUUUAAGAUUAUUAUGGAAAAAGAAAAAUAAUAAAAAAGAUGCACUUGGUUUAAAACUCAUUUAAAACUUUAAACUAUCUUUGUAAGUUAUUUUUGGGGGAAGGGGGAGAGGAGCAGAUGUAGAGUCCCUAUAAGCUGGGUUUCUUUUUUUUGUUGGUUUUUUUUUGGUUAUUAAAUUUUGACUUUUGGUGGGAAACUGAAUAAAAGCAACCUAUUUUUCAAGCAGAUUGCACAUUUUGCAGCUUUAAUGGAGUAACGGAUGAGUCAGAGGGGUAAGAGCUAUUUUCACUGCCAUAAAGUGCUUUGAUGAUGUAAUUCUUCAUAAUGGUUAGAACGGAAGUUUCAAAAUAAAUGUUUGUACGUGCUAA